AUGGCGGCACACACUUUGGACUCUUUUUGUUGUAGGUUCCUCAACCGUGCAUCAUUAAAAGCUGAAGGAGACAUUGGAUCCGAUGGCUCAAUUGCAAAACCAUGGAGUCUUUGCACGGUGCAACAUGUAGAAGAUCUGAAGAGCUUGAUCAGAAUUUUCCCACUAUGGUCUUCAAGUAUAUUUUUAAGCAUUCCAAUAGCAAUCCAGGGCAGCCUGACAAUUCUCCAAGCUCUAAGCAUGGAUCGUCACCUUGGGCAACAUUUCAAAAUCCCUGCUGGCUCUGUCGCAGUCAUAGUGUUGAUUUCCACAUCCAUUUUCCUGACCCUGAUUGAUCGGUUCUUGUGUCCUAUGUGGCAGAAGCUGACUCGGAAGCCUCUAUCAGCCCUCCAGCGAAUAGGUGUAGGCCACGUGUUAAACGUUCUUGGCAUGGCCGUGUCAGCAUUGGUGGAGUCAAAACGGCUCAAUAGGGUCCAUACCCACCACCUCCGGUCUCAACCAAGUUCCAUCGUGCCUAUGUCGGCUCUGUGGCUAUUUCCCCAACUAGUUUUGGUUGGAGUUGGAGAAGCCUUUCAUUUCCCAGGACAAGUUGCACUAUAUUAUCAAGAAUUCCCUGCAUCUCUGAGAAGCACAGCAACUGCUAUGAUUGCUAUGAUUAUUGGGAUCGCUUACUACUUAAGCACUGCAAUAAUUGAUUUACUUAGGAAGGUUACGAGCUGGUUACCUGAUAACAUAAACAAUGGAAGGCUAGAUACUGUUUAUUGGACCUUAACUGUGGUGGGGAUGCUCAACUUUGGUUAUUUCCUUGCUUGUGCCAGGUUGUAUAAGUAUCAGAAUGCUGAAAAGGAAGUUAAUGAUAGUUCUGCUUAAGAAAAUAUGUUAAUGUAUUUUCAAAAUAGAAGGUUGUCUCAUAUAAUAGAAAUUUAUCUUAGUUCAAAAGUUAUGUCACAUAUAGUAACAUAAUAUAAUUAUU